AUGGCCACGGCUUUGAGCCAGGAGCCUUCUCACAGCAAUCAGGGCCCCGAGCGUUACUGUGGCGUGGAACAUCAAUCCAUUGAAGGUGCAGAGGAGAAGAUGGAAAUUUCCUCGGCAUUUGAAAAAGGAUAUCUUGACGACAAGGACAAUGAUAUUUUCGCUCCUUGGAAGACCAACUGGCCAUGCUAA